AUGCCACCUGCUGUGACUUACAACACAAUCAGUUUUCAGGUUCUGACUCGGGAGCAAAGAGAAGACCUACUGGAUGCAGCAUGCUUGGUUGCUUUUCUCAAGGCUGUGGCGAAAUGUCUCACUGAAACAAGGGCUCGUUCUGGCUAUGGUUUCAGUCCAUCACAGCAGGGAAACUGGAGUGGAGAGGCCCACAAGUGGCAGAAGCCUGAGGUGCAGCUGUUCAGUGGCCUGGACAGGAAGCCGAAAAAACAUGGCCUUCAGAAUCCUUUCCCUAGCGCUCUUCUCCCUCCAGUCAAGGUCCAUGCCCUCAGUUCCCAGAAAGCCUCCAAACAGCUCCCUACACUGAGGACCAAGCAUGCAACUGAUCUGAUGACUUCAGCCGUCAGCGCUGUCACCCCGUCCCUCCUGCAAGUGCCAGGAACGAGCAUCAAAGAACAGAGAGAAAGAAGAAAGAGGGCUCCAGAGCGGGGAGAGGAGCUGAAGAGAGGGGUGAGGAGAAUCAAAUCUGAUCAUCAAGCUUGCCUUAAUAACCAUUACAAAAAGUGGCAUACCACUUCUGAGCCAGGUGGAGGCCUGUGCCGCAGAGGCAGCGGGCCAGCAGUUAGCCCAGAGUGCUGGCUGGGUGUGGCUGAGGUUCCAGAGCCAGCAUCCUUGGGUUAUAUGUCCCCAGGCUCCAUCUGGACAGGCAACGAUCUCUCGCACACUCCUCUCCGGAGACAGAAGUAUUUGUUUGAUGUGUCCACACUCUCAGACAAAGAAGAGCUGGUGGGCGCAGAGCUGAGGCUUUAUCGCCAGGCAUCCCCAGCACCCUGGGGGUCACCGGCCCGACCGCUGCACGUGCAGCUCUUCCCCUGUCUGUCCACACUGCUGCUGGACGCCAGGACCCUGGAUCUUCAGGGGCCAACCCAGGCCGGCUGGGAAGUCUUCGACGUGUGGCAGGGCCUGCGCCCUCAGCCGUGGAAGCAGCUGUGCUUGGAGUUGCGGGCAGCCUGGGGAGAGCUGGACGCCGGGGACACCGAGGCACGAGCAAGGGGUUCCCAGCAGCCACCGCCCCUGGACCUGCGGAGUCUGGGCUUCGGCCGGAGGGUGCGGCCGCCCCAAGAGCGCGCCCUGCUCGUCGUGUUCACCAGAUCCCAGCGCAAGAACCUGUUCGCGGAGAUGCGCGAGCAGCUGGGCUCUGCGGAGGCUGCGGGAGCCGAGGGGUCAUGGCCAGCGCCGUCGGGCGCCCCAGACGCCGGGCCUUGGCUGCCCUCGCCCGGCCGCCGGCGGCGACGCACCGCCUUCGCCAGCCGCCACGGCAAGCGACACGGCAAGAAGUCCAGGCUGCGCUGCAGCAGAAAGCCCCUGCACGUGAAUUUCAAGGAGUUAGGCUGGGACGACUGGAUUAUCGCUCCCCUAGAGUAUGAGGCCUAUCACUGCGAGGGCGUGUGCGACUUCCCGCUGCGUUCGCACCUGGAGCCCACCAACCACGCCAUCAUCCAGACGCUGAUGAACUCCAUGGACCCGGGUUCCACCCCGCCCAGCUGCUGCGUUCCUACCAAAUUGACUCCCAUCAGCAUCCUGUACAUCGACGCGGGCAAUAAUGUGGUCUACAAGCAGUACGAGGACAUGGUGGUGGAGUCCUGCGGCUGCAGGUAGCGGUGCCGCCCGCUGCCUGGGCCAGGGACCAUGGAAGGAGGCCUGUCUGCGGAUGCGGAGAGGCGGAGCAGGAGCUGGCCUGGAAAAGGCCACAAGUGGGGGACAGCGUGAAAGUAGGCGCAGUGGACAAGGAGGCAGCCUCAGCCCUCCCAGAACCUUCCACUCGCCAACCCAGAAGCAGCUAAGGGUUGCCUGGCCAGCCUGGAAAGACUAGACAAGGAUUCUUUCUUUUCUUUUCUUUAUUAUUGUGGCUUUGGGUUUUGUGUCUCCUUGGUUUUGAUAGGAGAUGGAAGGAGGAAAGAUGCGUAUCUGUUCACAAGUGUUUUGUGGGCUGGGGAGGCGGAAGGAAACGCGAGAGAAAGAGCCCAUCACUUUUGUUCACAUCUCAGAAUGGUUGCUUUUUCCUAAGUAGGGUCUUUGGGCCUUUUCCAGUCACAUCAUAGCUGACACCCUUGGCUUCUGCACAGGAAGUAUUAGGGGAGUUGGCUAAAGAAAUAUGGGAGUCGGGAGGGGUCUUGCCCUUAGAGAAGCUUGAGAGACGGGGGCCCAAGCUGCCUCCUUCUCUCUUUUGUGCACUCCCAUGAAUUUAUCGGCUCUGUGCUGGCCUCAAGCAGGACAGGGAACUGGGAGUUGCCACCGCUGUGGACUCAGGUCUCCGGAUGCCUUGACGGUUGCUGGUGGGGAAAGGAGUUGGUAUGGAUGGAAUGACAGGAAUUAGUCCCUGUGGAACCCCGUGAAGGAUAAUGAGAAACCGCAAGGCCUAGCUCUGACCGGGUGACAGGGAGGUGCAGGACCCAAGGCUGCAAGUAGCCCACCCCAAAGAUCGUUGUCAUUCAUGUCUGUUUCUCAUUGAUUUCUUUAAACAGAAUUUGUCAAAAAUUCCAGCACCUCCUUCUAAGGCAAAGACUUUUUUUUUU